AUGCCUGGUGUCAACUAUGUCUCCUCGUCUCUGAACCGCACCCGAAGGAAAAACAAGACCCCUGCCGAAGACUCUUACCCUCGCUUACCACCCGGCUACCUCUCCUUGAAGCCCCGGGGGAUGUUCGCCUACCUGAACCCUAAUCCAAAUCACGACUCUCUGGAUCUUUCUGAUGACCUGACGAGGGGUGCUGCAGAAAUUCAGGUUAAACCAGAGUGUGUGGAAGUUGAGGAUUGGAAUCAAGAAGGCGGAAAGAAAGGCAGACUGCAUGAAAGGGAGCCUCUUCGACACAACGCACAGACCGCCUCUGAAGCCCAAAGGCAGCCAGCUUCAAAACUCGACUUUGGAUUCUCUUGGUCUAAGCACGCUCUCUCUUCCACGACAUCUCGCGAAUCCCUGAGUGAGCCUUAUGACGUCCACCCUGUCUCGAAAGGCUCUCACGCCAAGCACGUUCGAGGAGGAGAAGGGGGUUCUAAUAAGAGAAGAAAGGAGGGGGAUGAUGGCAGCAAAGAACCGUGGUUCUUGAAGUGGAAAGCAGGAGAGCAGGAGAGCUCCAAGACAGCAUCGAAAAGAAAGUCUCCCAAGAAGACAUACGGAGUCGCGUCGGGCAACUCCCGGAUCAUCAACGGCGCCCUGAUCCUCGUCGCUUUGUAUGGUCAGCAGCGUAUUCUGAACUCUCCCUAG